AUGGACGUAUUUAAAGUUUUUGACUCAAUAAAAAGAGAAGGAUUUAGGUUCAAGAAUGGAAUAGAGAUCCUUGUUAACCCUUACAAGAAUGUGAUUAUGAAUGAAUUAAUUUAUGAAGACCAUCCAAAAGGAGAAGUAAUAAAUGUGAGGACAAUUAAUGCUAGGGAGAUUUUGGGAGGUGUAAUGAUGUGGCCAAAGAUCAAGGCAAAAUCAUAAAAAAAUCAAAAAAACGUGACAUUUUAUCAAUUACCAUUGAAUUAACUCUUUAGAAUUUAAUAGAUUUAGAGGUAUUAAGAAUUUAGAGAUACAGAUAAAUAAGAAUGAAUGAUAAACAGAUAUAGAAAAUUAGGGAGGAUAUGAGCUGGAAAUGA